AUGGCCAUUCGCAAAAGAUCCCCUGUCUGGCGCGGCAUCAUGCCUCGUGCUAAGCGCUCCAUCGAGGAGUUGGCCAACAAGUCCGACUCGGACGAUGACGACUACAGCGAUCAUCCCGUGCGCUCAUCCCGCCGCUCCGCCUCUCGAACCAAAUCCAAGAAGAAGUCCAAGCCCGCCAAGAAAAGGGCUCGUCGCGGUUCCGACGACGACAUCAUCUCCGACGACGAGAUCUUCGACGAGGCUGAGGACCUUUCAUUCGCCGAGUCCGAGGAAGAGGACGACGACAUCAACGCUCAACGCAACGCUCGUGGUUUAGUGGCUCGCCGGGCCGCUACGAACCGUCCCCUCUACAACGAACCCGAAUCCAGCAGCAUUGAAGACGACGAUACGGACGAUGAUGAACGUCCUCAGCCCUCGCCCCAGAAACGCAAGAGCACGGUGGUCACCCUCAAGGUCGGCGAUGCCUUGAAACAGAACUUCCAGGGCCCCCGCCGGGUGACUCGGCGCACGCGGGAUCCGUCGGAGGAUUUCCACGCCCUAACGACAUCCGGUCGACAUAUGGAGACGGUCGAACGAGGAACCACACGGAGCCCUGAGCUGGAGCGGCGCCGGGGAUCCCGUGGCUCGAAGCGGGCCCCGGUGCUGGACGAGGAGGAGGAGGAGUUGCAGCCCAAGCAGGAAGAGGAAGAGAUGGUCGAUGAGACAACCAUGGAGGUCAAAGGCUCUCAGCUCGAAAUCAUGGAGAGUGAUGUUCAGAUCAGCUUCGAGGACGGCAUGCCGCCUGCAGCCGGCGAGGGACAAGAGACAACCACAGCAGAUGAUGAAGGGUUUGUUCCGGAGUCCGAAAAUGGCGACGCAAAGGAGGGUGGCGGCGACGAUGAGGACGACGAUGAGGAUGAGGGCCCGACAACGCGAAGGAGGAAUCGACCCAACAGGAGCCAGCAGGAAGACGACGAAGCCGAACAGCCUGAAGAAGACGAGGCUGCCCACCCGCGCCGUUCUAGUCGAAAGAAGCCGAAGAGUUCACAACGCAAACGCCAAGAUGACGAAGAGAGUGAUUUCGAACCCGAGGAGGAAGAGUCCAAUGAUGACGACGAGAUCUCACAGUCUGGGAAGUCGCAAGCUUCACCACGCAAGGGAAGCCAGGCCCAUGACGAGGAUGAGGAUAGCGCCGCCGGCCGUCGCCCGGGUCUCCGCAAGCGGGCAUCCCGAUCCCGGGGACAGUCCGAAGCGGGUGCUGAUAUCGCGGAGGAGCUCGCAGAGGAGUUGGAGGAUCUUCGCGGCGGGCGUCCUCGUCGCCGAGUACAACCGGAGAUCGUCUACGAGAAGCCUCGCCGCAGUCGUAAGGAUGUUGACUACCGUAUCAUCCGGCCUGAUCUGAUUCUACCCAUUGAGGAGGCCGAGAACGAAGUCAAUGAAUCACCUUCACGCCGUGGUCGGGGAGGCGGCGGCAACAGUUGGCAGCGCACCCUGUUUCCUACCUAUGGGCCGUUCGGAGGCGGCGGGCCGUCUGCCAUCCUGGGCCCGCCAGGCGCCCCGGCUGCUACGGGUGGGGUAGAUAGCGAUAGCAGUGACGACGAGGUUAUGCAACAUCCCAAGGGCGGUGCAGGCGGUUCCAUCUCCGGCCCUGCGCAGCUUGGUGCUGGCCUCCUGGGUACGCAGACUCACAGCGCCGAUGCAGCCCAGGGCCACGCCGGGACGCCUGCAAAUCUCGGCAAAAUCAAAGACAAGCAGACGCUGGCUGAUGCUGACCCGUUGGGUGUGGACAUGAGCGUCAACUUCGACAGCGUUGGCGGCUUACAGGGGCACAUCGACCAGUUGAAGGAGAUGGUGUCGCUACCGCUGCUAUACCCGGAAAUCUUCCAACGCUUCCACAUCGUGCCUCCGCGAGGAGUGCUUUUCCAUGGACCUCCUGGAACCGGUAAGACGCUGCUCGCCCGAGCACUGGCGAACAGUGUUAGCUCGAAUGGCCGCAAGGUGACCUUCUACAUGCGCAAGGGUGCCGAUGCUUUGAGUAAAUGGGUGGGUGAGGCGGAGCGGCAACUUCGGUUGCUCUUCGAAGAGGCUCGAAAGACACAGCCUAGCAUUAUCUUCUUCGAUGAAAUCGAUGGACUGGCACCUGUACGGUCAAGCAAGCAGGAACAAAUCCAUGCCUCGAUUGUAUCUACUCUGCUGGCGUUGAUGGAUGGUAUGGAUGGACGUGGACAAGUCAUCGUCAUCGGUGCCACGAACCGUCCCGAUUCGAUUGACCCAGCUCUUCGGCGCCCUGGUCGUUUCGACCGCGAAUUUUACUUUCCCCUGCCCAACAAGGAUGGCCGACGUGCAAUCCUGGAUAUUCACACCAAGGGCUGGGAUCCACCGCUGCCUGGGCCCAUCAAGGAUGAGCUGGCGGAGAUCACCAAGGGCUACGGAGGUGCCGAUCUUCGUGCUCUCUGCACCGAAGCAGCCCUUAAUGCAGUACAACGACGAUACCCCCAAAUCUACAAGUCUAAUCAGAAGCUACUCAUCGACCCUAAGACCAUUGAAGUGACCCCCAAGGAUUUCAUGUUGGCGAUUAAAAAGAUGGUCCCGUCGUCGGAGCGUUCAACCUCAUCGGGUGCCUCGGCCCUGCCCACCUCGGUCGAGCCUUUGCUGCGCACGCCUCUCACGGAGAUUAAGAGUUUGCUGUCUUUGAUAUUGCCGCAGCGAAAGAGGCUUACAGCGCUGGAAGAGGCGCAGUUUGAGGAACCGGAAGGAUCAGGAAGCUUUCAGCGCGAACAAAUGCAGCAGGAGUUCGAUCGGUCCCGAGUAUUCCGUCCUCGCAUGCUGCUCCGCGGACCGCUAGGAAUGGGUCAGCAGUAUCUGGCUGGCGCCCUUUUGCACCAUUUCGAGGGACUCCAUGUACAGGCGUUUGAUCUCCCUACCCUGCUUAGCGAUUCAACUCGGUCACCCGAGGCCGCCGUCAUCCAGCUUUUUGCCGAAGUCAAAAGGCACAAGCCGAGUGUGAUCUACAUCCCGAAUAUCCAGGCUUGGACUGAAACCGUGGGCCCGGCCGUGAUGUCUACGUUCCUGGGUCUACUGCGGUCAGUUCCUCCGACGGAUCCUGUGCUGCUACUAGGCGUGCAGGAGUCAGCUGGUGAGGACAUGGACAACGGUGUGCUGCGAAACCUGUUUGGGUAUUCGAAGAAGAACUUCUACGACCUCAGAGCGCCCGGUAGCGAGGCACGCUACGAGUAUUUCACUAAAGUGAUAGACUACAUCAAAACAUCGCCUGCACACUUGCCCGACCCGGAGAACCGGAAGAAGAGGGAGCUGGAGACGCUAGAAGUUGCGCCCCCGCCGCCCCCUAAGCCGACAACGCCCCUCUCCAAGGAGCAGCUGAAGGCGCAGAAAAAGAAAGAUCACCAGACUCUCAACCUUCUCAAGAUCCGCAUCCAGCCUAUCAUGGACCAGAUCAAGAAAUACAAGCGCUUCCGCACGGGCGUGAUCGACGAAUCUCAGAUUCGCUACCUUUGGGAGGAGGAAGACCCGAACAUUGUGACCAGUGAUCUACCGAUUGAACAGCGCACCACCUUCCGGCCGUUUGAGAAGGCUUUCGACAAGAAUGGGGUUCCUGGGUUGCGCGAGGCCGUAUCGGGCAAGUUCUUCUACAACCUCGAGAUUGUCACCAUCGAGAAGCGGCUCUCCAAUGGGUACUACAAGCGGCCCAAGGACUUCUUGGCGGAUAUUAAGAGGCUUGCCAAGGACGCUCGGCAGCUUGGGGAACAGGAAAGGCUGCUGCGCGCCAAUGAACUGCUGUCCAAUGUGGAGGUGGAUAUUGCUACCAUCGAGCAGACUGAACCCGCGCUGGUGACGGAAUGCGAAGGGGUCUACCUGCGAGAGCUGGAGAGAGAGAAAAUCGCCAUCGAAAAGGCGCGCAAGGCGGCGGAAGAAGAGGAGGCAGGCCUGAUCGGUCGCGCGGCGGCAAACCGAGUCCCGCACGGCAACACCGAAUCGGGCCCAUCCAGCGGUCCGGUGGUCCUGGGCGAGACGUUCCCGGAUCUUGGUCCGAAAGAGACGGGCCGACCGGUGACCCCUACCCGUCGAUCAACAGUGAGCUUCAUCACCAAUGGCUACCAUACCGGGGGCGGAUCGGACCUCAACGACCUCAGUACGCAUGCGCUCACCAGCAAUGGCUCGCACGAGGACCGCCCGGAUGGUGAUGGCGAUACCUACAUGACCAACUCGGAUCACUCGGCCGAAAAGGAAACGCAGACGAGCUCGUUUGGUCCGUCGGCGCAGCCCAAACCUCCCUAUUCGCACACAGCACCGUCGCAGCAGGUGCGGCGUGAGUCGGGAAUUUCAAGCUUCUCGCAGAAGGGCCCCAUGACGCCCAUGGCGCCCGGAUCUCAGCCUCACGAGUACGCUAACGAAGCGUCGACGACGCAGACGACGUCGGACAAGAAGUCGUCUGAGCAGUCCUCGGUACCGAACCCAUACACGCAGAGUCCGGUGGCCACUCAAGGGAUGCGACACGACUUCCCCGACCUCACGCAGUACCCGGACCGGGUAUCGCAGGAGGAACAUCUUCCAGACACACAACAGGGAGACAGCAGCCAGCCGUCGCCCCGACCGGCUGCUGACCUGGCGCCGCUGGAAAAUGGCCCGGCGCACUCGCAACCACGGGCUCAGCCGCCGGUGCCCCUGUUUGACCACCCGACCAAGCCGGCUGCGCAUGUGCCGGCGGGAAUGCAGUCGCUGCUGAAUAACGAGGACCUGUCGCCGAAAAUAACGCUGGACCUGGAAUACGUGCAGAAGCUGCACGAGCAGCUGACGCAGCGGACGAGCGGCUGCAGUGUGGAGCAGCUCGAGCAGAUCAACACGAACCUGAUGGACUACCUGUGGCAGACGCGGGGAGAGUGGAAUCGGAGCAAGGUGGCAGCGGGGAUCCAGGACACGUUCAACGAAGUGCUGGAGGACAUGCAGGCAAUGCAGGAGAUUGGGCCGAUCAGUCAGAAGACGAAGGAGCAGCUGUAUCCGCUGUAG